GUUUGCUUCCUGAACGUCUGAGCAACUGUUGUGACGUUGACGUAAACGCGCUCAGAAACGCGGAAGUCAGGCUGCAGACAGUCCCGAAGCGUCAGAGUGAAUCUGCAAACUUUGUCAGCACAGUUACUAGCAGAGGAAAGAGGAUGGCACCUAAGAGAAGGGCAAAAUCAAGCACCAAAGCUGGAGGGAAGAAGGUAAAGGAGGAGCCUGAAGCUCCCCCGAAGGACAAGUUCACUUCUGCCAAAGAGGCUCUGAAGGCAACAGUGCCACAGGUGAAGGGCGCGAGGAACCCAGACAGCUUCUGUCAUCUAUCAAAUGCUGAGAAAAGUUUUGGUCUAAACAUACAGAUUCACGAAGAUUAUGACUGUAUGCUAAACCAAACCAACAUUGGAAACAACAACAACAAAUUCUAUGUAAUCCAAGUCUUAGUGUCUGGAGGAAAGUACUAUUGUUGGACAAGAUGGGGCAGAGUGGGAGAGUCAGGUCAGAACAAUUUAGCCGGUCCAUCUACCGUUGAUGCAGCCAUUAAGAAUUUUGAAAAGAAAUUCAAAGAUAAGACCAAGAAUAAUUGGAGCGAUCGUGAAAACUUUGUCUCGCAUUCUGGAAAAUACACAUUGAUAGAGGUAGAUGGGGACCAGGAUGCAGAAGUGAAGGUGGACACUGUAGACGGUGGAGAUGUGAAGGUGAAAACUGAACAACAUGUUCUGCCUUGUACAUUGGAUGAGGCAACUCAAAGACUCAUCCGAUUCAUCUUCAACAACGACAUGUUCAAAGAAGCCAUGACCAGCAUGAACCUGGAUAUUAAGAAGAUGCCCUUGGGGAAACUCAGCAAGCAGCAGAUAGCCAAAGGCUUUGAGGCUUUGGAGCAGAUUGAAGCUGCAAUAAAGAAGGGGGAACGGAACAAGUUAGAAGAACUCACCAGCAAAUUCUUCACCAUAAUUCCUCAUAACUUUGGCCGUAACAGACCACCUAUCAUCUCUGAUGAUUCUGUCCUUCAGGGCAAGAAGGAAAUGCUUUUGGUUCUUGCAGACAUCGAGAUUGCCCAGAGUCUUAAAGCUGAAUCCGAGAAAGCCAAAGAAGAAAUGAAGGACACAGUGCCACAUCCAUUUGACCAAAAUUACCAGUCUCUGAAAUGCAAGCUAAGCUUAAUGGAUAAAAAGUCAAAGGAAUUUAAGAUUAUUGAGAAGUACUUGAAUGCCACUGGAAGAAAAGGACUCACUUUGGUGGAUGUCUGGGAAGUUGACAGAGAUACAGAGGCUGAGCGCUUCAGGGAAAAUGAUGCAUUGGCGAACCGGAAGCUGCUUUGGCAUGGAACAAACGUGGCAGUGGUCGCAGCCAUUCUGAAGAGCGGCCUUCGCAUUAUGCCCCAUUCUGGUGGACGUGUGGGCAGGGGAGUCUAUUUUGCUUCUGAAAACAUCAAAUCAGCUGGCUAUGUGUGUCCAUCCAACAACAUUGGCAUCAUGUUUCUAAAUGAAGUUGCUUUGGGAAAAGAGUACACCAUCACGCAGGAUGAUUCCAGCCUAAGGAAGGCUCCCGCUGGCUAUGACAGCGUAGUUGCACGUGGAAGCCAAGAACCAGGUUUUUCCACUUACAAUCAAAAAUCAUUCCUCAUUUCUCUUUUUACGCAUGUACAGUAUGUUAAAUUCUGCAUAACAUUAGCUUCUUGA